AUGUCGCGCUGCCAAAGAUUUGCAUUCGAGUAUGCUGAAUUCAAGACAUUCACCCGGGGUUUUCAGGUAAAGGACAGCCUGAUGCCCAUGUCGCAGCACCGGGUGGCAUUGCGCUUGGGCUUGAAGAUGCCGCUGGAGCACCUGCAUCGCUGCCGUCCGGUGGGUCUGUUGCUCUUGCUGCUGAACAUCCACUAUCAGGUCCACCGUGUUGCUGAUGAUUUUGUGAAGGAGCAGUUAGAGCAGUGGACCUGGUGCAAAAAGGGUUGGGAAGACUGGUGCAUGGUCGCUGGUGACCCGGAAAGCCAGUUGCGAGCCCUGCCACCUCAGCCACCUGGCACCAACGGGAAUGUCUCCAGCAACAAAUCGGGCUCCCUGCCUUGGGAGGAAGGAUUUCUGGGGCGGAGGGAAUUUCUGGCGCUGGAAAGAGAGAUCCUGGGUGCCAUCUGGUCCAACCUCGAGAUCUCAGCGUUCAAGCCAUCUGCGGCGCUGCCACGGGUAGGUGCCAUCCCCUGCGGCUCGCCCUGCAACCUCCUGGGCAGUGAACGGAAGGUGUACUCUCAGUACGGCGCCGAUGGUGUCUUGGAAGAGGCUUUCAGAUGCAUUGGGGUCACGACGAAAGUUUUUGUAGAGAUUGGCACGCAGCAGGGUGUGCAGUGUAGCUCUCGCCACCUGCGAGUGGCUCAUGGUUUCUUGGGUUACAUGUUCGACGAUAGCUAUGCCGACGAGAGAAUCGGCCUACAAAAGACCUUUAUGGAGCCUUCUUUCGCAGCAUCGCUUGUCAACUCGAGCCUUCGAGCAGGUGACAGGACACGAGGUGUCCCCAAAGUCUCGUCCUUUCAGUUGGACCUUCUGGCUAUGGAUACAGACGGCAUGGACUAUGUACUCUGGCGGUCGAUGUGCUCAAAGAUACGACCGCGUGUGCUUAUGCUUGAAGCCGGGUGGCCCGCCGGGCCUCACUGGAAGGAGCACACACGCCUCUGCAAGCGCAUCAGCAACCUUUGCCGUCGAUGUGGAUACGUACUGGUACAUCAGGUGGUCCACGACAUGAUCUUUAUUCGAAGAGACGUCCUGGAAGCCAGCAGGUAUUGUAGGUCCUUCCGGCACGAUGGAGAUCUGGAUUUCUUCGUGGGGCGUGAGAGGGCCAGAGAACGUGUUGCGAGUGCAGUGGGCGGCAGCUUCGGUGCCAAUGGCUUUACCUUCGAGGCAAUGGGUGUUGGUGCUGAGAGCUUGGAGCAAUUCCUUCGUCAGAAUGUGUGA